CAGGCUGGACGAAGGGCGGGGGAGAGGCUGGGAAGCGCCGGGGGUGGGGACUAGGCCAGACUGUAGAUGUGGCUCUGUACAAAAUCCCCACCCAAGCUGCCAUCGUCUUCCCUCGCUGAGUCCCGAGGAGCCUGGCGCAGCCUGUGCUUUGCCCCAGUUUCCUUUCAAGAUGUCCACGGUCCAUGAAAUUCUAGGCAAGCUCACCCUUGAGGGAGAUCAUUCUCUUCCUCCGAGCGCAUAUGCCACUGUCAAGGCGUACGCCAACUUUGAUGCUGACCGAGAUGCUGCAGCCAUUGAAACAGCCAUCAAGACCAAAGGUGUGGACGAACUCACCAUCAUCAACAUUUUGACAAACCGCAGCAAUGAACAGAGGCAGGAUAUCGCCUUUGCCUAUCAGAGGAGAACUAAAAAGGAACUUCCUGCAGCACUGAAGUCAGCUCUCUCAGGUCACCUGGAGGCAGUGAUUUUGGGCCUGUUGAAGACACCGGCUCAGUAUGAUGCUUCUGAACUGAAAGGUGCCAUGAAGGGUUUAGGGACUGUUGAAGAUACUCUCAUUGAGAUCAUCUGCUCCAGGACAAACCAGGAGCUUUGUGAAAUUAACAAAGUCUACAAGGAAAUGUACAAGACAGAACUGGAAAGGGACAUUGUGUCUGACACCUCUGGUGACUUUCGCAAGCUGCUGGUUUGCCUGGCAAGGGGUAAAAGGUUCGAGGACACUAGUGUGAUUGAUUAUGAGCUGAUUGACAUAGAUGCGAGGGACCUCUCUGAUGCUGGUGAGAAGAGGAAGGGAAUUGAUGUUGCUAAGUGGAUCAAUAUUAUGACUGAAAGAAGCAUUCCCCACCUCCAGAAAGUGUUCGAGAGGUACAAGAGCUACAGCCCUUGUGAUAUGUUGGAGAACAUCAAGAAGGAGCUCAAGGGAGACCUGGAAGUUGCCUUCCUUAAUCUUGUCCAGUGUAUACAGAACAAGCAGUUGUAUUUUGCUGACCGAUUGUAUGACUCCAUGAAGGGCAAAGGAACCCGUGAUAAGAUCCUGAUCAGGAUUAUGGUCUCCCGCUCAGAGGUUGAUAUGCUGAAAAUUAAGAGUGAAUUCAAGAGGAAAUAUGGAAAAUCUCUCUAUUAUUUCAUCCAGCAAGAUACAAAGGGCGACUACCAGAGGGCGCUGCUGAACCUGUGUGGAGGAGAGGAUUGAAAACGAUACAAAAGCAAUGGGCUCCAACCCGGCAAUGAUGCACUGGGCCCCUUGUGGCCACAGGGAGCUCUAAAGGGAGGGGAACGCUGGUAUGUAUCUCCGUGCAGGUUCAGGGUUUAACCCUGUAUGCUCUCUGGAUGCUGUUGUAUAAAAUUACACACUGCUCAGCAGAGGGGGCCCAAGCUGUGUGUGUGCGCGCAAUAUAAAUAUUAGAAACCUAACUUUCUCCCUUAGCAGCUGUGUCCCUCAGAUGUUACCUGACCUGUAGCCUUAUUGCAAAGACUGUUCUACCCCCUGGAGAUCAUUUAAGAUUUUUUUCUUUUUAAAUCAACCUUUCUGAAAGGCAACGAUGCGCCACAAACAGCAGCCCACUUCAUGUUGCUGUUAAAGCAUGAAGUAGUUUUUCUUGCUGACCUACAGUUGCCUUUACACAGAGCUGAAGAUUUGGUGUGGAAACACUGUCUGCAACUGCCAAAAUUCAGCUGCAAUCUCUCUAUCUGCAUGCACAAAUGUAAUUUUUUUUUUUUUUCAGGACCACCUCCAAUUUAGUGCUUGAUGGAACAGUGCCAUUGACACCUGUUUACAAAAACACUUUUCAUUUUGAUUUGUAUAUUAAAACUACUUGCUGAGACAGCAAAUCACUAACUUAAUAUAAUUAGAUAAGUCAGCUCUAUAAACUUUGCUUUCUCAAAUGUGGUCCUCUAAAAGAAAUCAGACGGCAGACAUUUUUCCAGUCAAUGGAAUGAGCAACUAGAAUUUGAUGGCUAACAUGUUCUGCUUCACUGCUAGAGGAUAUUCAAAAUUCCCCUCUCUGGAAUUUCCAUUUAAGUGGUUGAUGAGAAGCAAAGUUAAAUAAACCUAUGUGAUUUAGAAGGCCAGUGUCAUUUUGUCUGAACAUAGAGCAGAAAUAAAAGCAGUCGUGAAAAUGAGACCCCCAUUUCAAAAAGGCCAAGAACAGACUGCCCCAAGCAUCUUUAGUUUAAUGCAGGUUUUCUUUUCCUAUAGCACCUUUCUCAAUGUUUGAGUGGGGGGGGAGUCCAAGCACAGUCAGACUUUACAUCUGUUAGGAUAAAAAAUAUACUUUACUUUAAAAAUAUAAUUUAAUUAAAUAUAUACAAAUAUUUUAGCUUCCUUUUAAGUGCAGGUAUGUUUGAGGACAAACCUAAAAUGUUUGUUUUGAAUCAUGCUGUUCAUACUUUCACAACAGUUCCUUGGUGAGACUCCAACAUUGGUGACAAAUUUGCAAAAUCUGGCCCUCAUCCUACGUCUGAUCCAUGCAAUGCAGAGUGGGUCUCUGCCCAAAAUGGACUUACUGCAAGAUUAGGCCUCUGUGGGAUUUGGGAGUUAGUGUUGUGGACUGGGCAAUGCUGAAAUACUUCACUAAAAAUUUCACUCUCUUCAAGGCCAGUAUCUAAAAUGCAUGGAUAAGUGGAAUUGCAAUUUUUUAAACAGUAUAGUUUCGAGCCUUGCAAAUCUGUACCGUCCCAAGCAUAGGAGAGGCCUGGUUUUCAUUGCCUGCAGAAGUUAGUCAGCAAUGCAUGCAUGCUGUAGUUCUCCUCCCAAUGGUACACAAAGGCCAUGGAGAAUUCAAAACACUAGCUUAGCAACUAAUAAUUAUUUCCAUUUCAACAGCACUAUCUGUCUGAGGAGCCCAAACUGCAGCACAACGAGGUAACACCUUCUGCCUGCUGUUAAGACUUUUGAUGAGUGGGGAAACUGAGGCCCUCCAAGAGCAAGUGGGUUAACAGAGAUAAGGAAAUCUCUAGUGCUCUUCAUUCUGUUCUGUACCUUUAUCUGAAGGCCAUCCACCCCUCUAGCUAGUCACAGACCUUACCAGACCAUCGUGCUAUAAUAGCUGAGCACUUAACAGUCUUCAGUGUGUUUAUCCUCACAAUAAGGUAGGAAAGUGCUAGUUUCCCCAUUUUAUUGAAGGGGAACUGAGGCACGGACCAGCUAAGUGAUUUGCCCAAGGUCACACAGGAAGUCUGUAGCGGAAUAGAAAACUGAACCUGGCUUUCUGAAGUCCUAGGUUAGGGCCUUAACUGGGGUGGACUAGCCUUUCCAAUUAAAAUACCAGUCUCCCUAAAACCCCAGAGGUGAACCACGCUGCCCCUCCUCCAGCCAAAUUAGAGGGCAGAUGAAUGGAUUUGAAAGGUAGGGUAGGAAAAACAAGUGUAUUGUAACCAUGAUACAAUGUAUUAUGUCGCAAUGAUCAUAUUUGCCUCAAGAGUCUUGCAUUAUGUGCUUUGUCCACAAAGCCAGACCCAAAGCUCAUGAAUGAAAUCAAUGAGUACCAAAUCUACGACUAGUCACCAACCAACCUACAAGUCCUACGGAAUAGGAGGGGUUACAAACUGAAACGUGGUAGGGUUCCUCAGAGAGCGAGCCCCAUGGGCAGAGCUCUGGGAGUGUAUAAAAGCCUUUGCAGGCGGGUUCAACCAUCAGUAGCCUGUUCCAUUGUCUUAAAAUAUUCCCCUCGCUCUUAAAGCUGAGGUAAACGUAUGAUGUCCUAUUCUCAGCACAUAGUGUCCUCAAGAGCUUGUUACACAACAGAAUGCUUUUCGACUAUAACAUCUUUGGGGCAGAGGUGUCAUCUUAUGGGCUUGUACAGGGCCAAGCACAGCAGUGUGCAGGCCUCUGGGUGCAACUGUAAUAUGCUUAUAGUAAUAAUGAUGAUGACAUAUAGCUGUGUAGUCAACAUGACUCUAGAGCAGUGGUUCCCAAACUUUACCAAACUGUGAACCCCUUUCAUGAAAAUAUCGAAUCUCGUGAAACCCCCUCCUAAAAAUGACUAUUUCCAGGGAUUUUUCUCCCUUACCUGAGGAUAAAUUAUA